AUGACAUAUGACCUGCGGCGUCUCGGCGUGGCGUCCGGCGCCCGGCUCCAGCCGGAGGGGGACCACAGCGAACCGGGAGCUCUGGAGCGAGAGGACGUGGUGGACGGGCGGGGCACCAGGUGGCGCUGCUUCUCCACCGGAGAGCCGCCGCAGGAGAGCCGGGUCAACAUGAGCGUCCUGGAGCCGUUCCUCAGGGUGCUGUCUCACGGAGGUUACUAUGGAGACGGGAUGAAUGACAUCAUCGUGUUUUCUUCCUGUUACCUGCCGCGGAACUGUCUGGAGAACUACCAGUACGUGAUGGAUCACCUGUUCAGGUAUGUGGUGGGAACUCUGGAUCUGAUGGUGGCGGAGAACUAUGUGAUGGUGUAUCUCUGUGCCGGAGGUCAGAAGGACAAGCUGCCAGGAAUCAGCUGGCUGAAGGAGUGCUACACCACCAUCAACAGGAGGUUGAGGAAGAACCUGAAGGGUUUCUAUGUGGUUCAUCCCACCUGGUACAUCAAGGCCCUCGCCACCAUCAUCAAACCCUUCAUCAGCUCUAAGUUCAGCAGGAAGCUCCAGUUCGUGGCCAGCCUCCCUGAUCUCUCUCACCUGGUCCCUACUGAGCAUGUGCAGAUCCCAGACUGCGUCGCCCGGUACGACCAGAACCUGAGCAGGUGAAGCAGCACCACUCCUCUGCUCCUCCUCUGCUCCUCCUGCCUCCCUUCCCACUCAUGUCCUCCUCUUGAAUGAACACGUUAUCAUUGUUACUAUAGACGAUCAAUAAAAUGUCAACAAACUG